UAUUUUUUAUUCUUGACUGCACUUUUUUUAUACCUUUUUAUUCUGUUCAAUCACAAAGCUUGCAAUUAAAAUCAUGGCUACUUCAUUCCAAUUCGACACGACAAGCACGACAAACAUAUCCUCGGUGCUUCCUGAAACCUCCGUUUAUGGUGUCAGCGAUGUCCUGGGCCAGGGACCGAGCAAUCGCGUGGACGAGGAAAUGACCAAGGGACAUCCGCUUGAAUCGCGGCUCGCAAACUGGGAGAACUCACAGCUGAACAUGAAGCUGCACAUGCAGCGCAAGAUCUAUGGACUGCACGCUCCCAUGCGGACGAUGAUGGAGAUUCAGUCGGUCAAGCAGGGCUCGCAGUUUGGCCUGGGUGGGUCGCGCGCAUCGCGCAUCCAGCUGGAUAUCCUGAUGGGCAGGGACGAGACCAUUGACGUUGCCGACAUUUUCGACGACUCGGAGGUGGCCGGGAUGCCCGAUGUUCACAAGGUGCUGGCCGGCAGAAUGAACCUGUAGAAUUUUUAUUUUCAAAACUUGAUUUUUUGGGCAUGGCCUAACAAUGUUAACCUUUGGCUGACUAUUUUUGCACCGGUGUGUGCUCCGUCUUUGUACCAGCAACUGAUGGCGUCCAAUUCAGUUGAGCGCAGCUCUUGCAGCGGAUGAAAAUGUGAGAGCGAUUACGACAAAAAAAGAAGGAAAAAAGGUCGGCUGUGAUUGGACAAGGGAUGCUAAGACGCUCUGGGCAAUUUUUCUCAUAUAAUAGCGUUGAGUGGGGGACGCGAAAAAUUCGCAGGUAAAUUUUUUUUGCGCAGCCAUAGCAUUUGGUUUCGCGAUUUUGGAGGUAUUUGAGGGCGCCCGCUCGAGGACAAAGCUGAUUUUCGUCUUUCUCUUCACU